AUGCCUCUUCUCUCAGCAGAUUCCGUUUAUAAGCUAAAACGUUCUUUGUAUGGCCUUAAGCAGGCCCCUCGAGCAUGGUUUGACAAAUUUUGUUGCACUCUAUUGGAUUUUUCCUUUACUCAGAGUCAAUAUGAUGCAUCUCUGUUUCUUCAUAAAGGAACCACUGGCAUUGUUUUCUUGUUAAGGCUUCAACAGCAUCUUCACUCGGUUUUUCAUAUGGAAGAUCUUGGCCAUCUUACUUACUUUGUUGGUUUAGAGGUUCAUACUACACAACACGGUAUUUUCUUGAAUCAACAUAAAUAUAUUCAGGAUUUGAUUCGAUUGGGUGAUUUAUGUGAUUCAUCUUCUGUUGAUACUCCGUUGGAGAUUAAUGUUAAAUAUCGAAAGGAUGAAGGGGAUGUUCUUCCAAACCCCACUUUAUAUCGAAAGUUGGUAGGUAGUCUUAUCUACCUCACUAUCACACGUCCAAAUAUUUCCUUCGCGGUUCAUACUGUCAGCAAGUUUAUGGACACCCCUUGCCACCUUCAUUUUGUAGCUAUUCGCCGUAUUAUUCACUAUCUUAUUGGGACUUCUCAUCGUGGUUUGUUCUUCCCUCGAGGGAUGCCUUUUGAACUCAAAGCUUACAGUGAUGCUGACUGGGCUGGUUAUCCUGAUUCUCGUCGUUCUACUACUGGGUGGUGUAUCUUUCUUGGAAGUGCUCUUAUUUAUUGGAAAUGUAAGAAACAAAAUUGUGUUUCUAAGUCCUCCACUGAAGCUGAAUACCGAGCUAUGUCCGCUACAUGUUCUGAAGUUGUGUGGCUACGUGGUCUUGUUACUGAACUUGCUGUUUCCAAGCACAGCCUACACCUCUCUAUAAUUGCAGAUAUCUUUACCAAGUCUAUGACUCAUCUUUGCCAUAAUUUUCUCAUCAGCAAAUUGAUGCUUGUGGACUCUCCGGCAUCAAUUUGA